AACUUCCGGUGGGGCGUGGCCCGUGGGGGUGUGAUCGGGCAGCACCGCCCCCUCUCCUAGCCCCGCCUCUCGUUCCCUGGAAGCUUUAGAUUUCUUCCUGGCUGGAGCACUUAGGUCCCCAUCUGUGCAUAAAGACAGGAAUCUUUAGGGAGACAAGAUCUGUGGAGGCAGCUGAGAGGUCAGUGACUGCUCUACCUGCCAUCAGCUUCCCUUCACCUGUGACACCUCUUGGACUUCAUCGUCAGAAGGUUCCGCUCUACUUCCAAGAUCUUCAACAUGGAGUUGGCAACCUUUGAAGAUGUGGCUGUGUAUCUCACACGUGAGGAGUGGGGGCUUCUUGAACCUGCUCAGCGAGACCUCUACAGGGAUGUGAUGCUGGAGAACUAUGGAAACUUUAUCUCACUGGUCUCCAAGCCUGAUGUCAUCUCUCAGCUAGAAAGAGGGGAAGAAUCCUGUUCGCUGGAGAUUGAGAAGCUUGAGGAAAGGGAGCUGUCAAGUAGAAAGGGAACUUACAAAGAUGCCAUGAUGACUAAAUGA